AUGACGAGUUUUUUCAAUAGGUCCUCGCCAAGACACAACCAUACCAAUGAAAUAGGUGAUAUUUCUCAAUCAAUGGAAAACAUUUCCAUCUCGAGUAAUAUGAUGGACGUAGAUACAAGUUACAGAUCACCAAAUAACAACAAUAAUAAUAAUAAUAAUAAAUCAUUUGCAAAUACUACAACUAAUCAUCACCAACCCACGUUUAACAAGGAGAAUAUCACACCAUUAAGUUCACCUACCAAAUCCAUUUUACAUACAUCACCAAUAACUCCCUUUAACAACAAUACCAACCAAAAAACAAAACUUUAUCAAACUCCACUGACACCAACUCCAUUAAACGACCGAAAUCCUUCACAUGGAAAUAAGCGUAGUUUGCAAGAUAAUAUCAAUCUGCUACAACCUCCGCCUAGUCAAAGGUAUAAAUUAUCAGAGGAAGAAUUUAGGAAACGGGCCAAUAAUCCAAAAACUAAAAGACUCACUUCGGUAGCACAGUUAUAUUUUCUUGACUACUACUGCGACAUGUUUGAUUAUGUUAUAAGUAGAAGAGAACGAACUCAGUUUGUUGAGAAAAAGUUGAUGACUGAUCCCAAAUUCUGCAAUGACCCCAAAAGACAACAAUUGGAAUGGAAAAACUAUAUAGGUAGAGAGCGAGCAUUGCUACGUAAAAGAAGAUUAAAGCCAAAACAUCGAGAUUUUGAAAUGAUUACCCAAGUAGGUCAAGGAGGGUAUGGGCAGGUAUUCUUAGCACGUAAAAAGGAUACUAGAGAAAUCUGUGCUUUAAAAAUUUUAAAUAAAAAAUUGCUUGUCAAAUUGGAUGAAACAAGACAUGUGUUAACAGAAAGAGACAUCUUAACAAAUACCAGAAGCGAAUGGUUAGUUAAAUUACUUUAUGCUUUUCAAGAUCCCGAAAAAGUGUUUUUAGCAAUGGAAUUUGUGCCAGGAGGGGAUUUCAGAACACUAUUGAAUAAUACUGGUUAUUUAAUUCCUCCACACGCGCGCUUUUAUAUAAGCGAAAUGUUUGCGGCUGUUAAUUCACUUCAUGAAUUGGGAUUUACUCACCGUGAUUUGAAACCAGAAAACUUUUUAAUUGACUCAAAGGGGCAUAUUAAAUUGACCGAUUUCGGAUUGGCUGCAGGCACGGUUUCAAAUGAUCGAAUUGAAUCGAUGAGAUUAAAACUAAAGAACUUGGAGGUUGGUCAGCAGCAGUAUCAAAUCCCAUCGCGAUUAAUGAUGGAAAGACAAAAGAUUUUCAAGCAAAGUCAAGGACACCACAAUCUAGCUAACUCAAUUGUAGGCUCUCCAGAUUAUAUGGCUUUGGAAGUAUUAGAAGGGAAAAGUUAUGAUUAUACAAUUGAUUAUUGGUCUUUGGGGUGUAUGUUAUUUGAAGCACUUUGUGGGUACCCGCCAUUUUCCGGUUCCAAGCAAGAUGAGACAUAUUAUAAUUUAAAGCACUGGAAAACUUCAUUACGUAGACCCCAGACCAAGGACGGUAGAUAUGUUUUCAGUGACAGAACUUGGGCAUUGAUAACCAAGCUAAUUGCAUCUCCCUCAACAAGGUUAAGGACAUUUAAACAAGUUCAACAAAUGUCGUAUUUUUCCGGUGUCACUGAAUGGGAAAAUUUAAGACAACGUACACCACCAUUCACACCACAAUUGGAUAACGAAGAAGAUGCUGGGUAUUUUGAUGAUUUUGAAGAUGAGGAGAUGAUGGCUAAAUACAAAGACGUUUUUGCUAGACAAGAACAAAAUGAACAAUUAUUGGAAAAAAGUAAUAGUACAGCAAAAAGGAGAUUUUUGGAAAAUAAUUUCAUUGGGUUUACUUUUAAACAUAAAUCAAAUCCUAACAACAAGUUCAACUCUGGUGAAAUCAAUUUGUUGAAUAAUGGGUUAUCAUUAGGGAAUGGUAACGUGUUAGGAUCAGCAAAGUUGGAUCCAUUAGCAACAUUGUAUUGA